AUUUUUCUUCUUCUAUAUUUUCUUACUUACGUAUCUUGCAAAAGUAAUAUGGUAUCAGAGAGUUUUUAACCGAUCCUUGAGCAUGGUGAAUGACGAUGAAGAUGCAACAACCGGCGCCACCUUGCACCGAAGAUGAUUGGCUUACGAUACAUUCAAUGAUUGUGUCGUGGCUAUUGAAUGUUAUCACUCCCGAAGUCAAGGCCAGUUUGGCACGUUAUGAAGAUGCCGCAAAACUUUGGGGAGACUUAAAAGAACGGUUCUCUUCUGCGGACGGACCACGCAUACAUCAAACUAAAACCAAUUUGGCGAGAUGUGUGCAAACUAAAGGCAUGCCGGUUGGAACGUAUUUUGCUAAACUCCAAAGCUUGUGGGAUGACUUGAAUAACUACGAACCACUUAUUGCGUGUACAUGCGGUAAGUGUACAUGUGAUGUAAUGGGACAACAUGAAAAACGAAGAGAAUCGGAACGAUUUCAUCAAUUUUUGAUGGGAUUGUACACCGACUUCUUUGGCCCUACCCGCUCGCAGCUCUUGACUCAAACACCCCUGCCUAGUUUGAACCGUGCCUAUCAACAAACUAUGCAAGAAGAACGAGUGCGUGGUUUUGUUCAGACUCAAGAAGAAAGACCCGAUGUUAUGGGUUUUGCCGUGCGGACAGAUGGCAAGGGGUUUGGACGCGGAGGGAAGAUAGACAAAUCUGGGUUAAUUUGCGCAUAUUGCAAAUACUCCGGACAUGAAAUUGCUAAUUGUUUUGAACUUAACGGUUACCCGGACUGGUGGGGAGACAGGCCAAAACUGGGUAUCAAAGGAGGAGGGCGCGGCAAGUCUUCGAGCUCUGGAACGGGGCGUGGAAAAGCUCCUGUGAAAGCACAUGCAGCGGUGGCUGAUUCAGCGGCUGAGAACAAAGCUCCGCCAGUUGGUGAGGGAAGCAGCAACCAAUCGAUGCCGCUGCCUAGUUUCACGCCUGAGCAAUGGAAAUCAUUAUUGACCAUUUUCGGUAACCCUACAGGUUCUACUGAUCGCGUGGCAGGACCGUCACUCGAAGAGGCUGAUUGGAACGGGUGAGCGGCGGAAUGGACUGUACUAUCUUCGGGAGGAACCCUCAGCAAGGAUUUUGGCAGUCAGGGACUCAAAAGAAUCUGAAGUUAAUUUGUGGCAUCAAAGAUUAGGACAUCCUUCUUCAAAAGUUAUUGAACACUUAGUUCCUGUAAGUGGUUUGAAGGGUGUUGAUAGUUUACCUUGUGAUAUUUGUUUUAGGGCAAAACAAACACGAGAUUCAUUUCCUAUUAGUUUGAAUAAAACUCGUACUAUUUUUGAAUUAGUACAUUGUGAUUUAUGGGGUCCUUAUCCUACCCCUUCUUCGUGUGGUGCUAGACAUUUCUUGACUAUUGUGGAUGAUUACUCCCGUG